UCGUGUCCAGUCAGUGUUAGGAGAAGCGUGUUGAAGCAGUCGAGAUUAAAGUCGUUCGGGGGGCUCCUUGUCUUCUGCUCCGUGUCUUGGGUCUUCUGCGUGUUGUUUUUGUUUUUUUGGCUGUGUCUUGAGGGAACUUUUUUUUUUAAAAUCCGUUUCUGUUCUGUUCAGUCAUGCAACUGAUCGGCUACAUGUCUUCGUAAACAUGAAGGUGGAAAAGUUAGAAACAGGACUACCCGAAAGUGAAGUACAACACGGUUUGACUACUGGGAAUAUGUUGGUGUCUGGGGGUGAAUUCGGGCAUCAAGAUCCGAAUGGACCUUCGACGUCGUCGUCUCUACACGAAAGUGAUUCGGGAGAGAAAGCCGUGGCUCCUACUAAGAAGUGUGGUGCUGGUGUACGACGUCAGGAAAAGCCUCCUUAUUCUUACAUAGCUCUAAUCGUCAUGGCCAUUCAGAGUUCACCAUCCAAAAGACUUACUUUGAGCGAGAUUUAUCAAUUUUUACAACAACGUUUUGCGUUUUUUAGAGGUAGUUAUCAGGGAUGGAAAAAUUCAGUCAGACACAACUUGUCUUUGAACGAAUGUUUUAUCAAGCUACCAAAAGGGUUGGGAAGACCAGGUAAAGGACAUUACUGGACUAUCGAUCCUGCCAGCGAGUUUAUGUUCGAAGAAGGAUCCUUUAGAAGGCGACCACGUGGAUUUCGUAGAAAAUGCCAAACUCUAAAACCGUUUACACCUACAUAUUACCCAGGAACCAUGCUAGGUUCUCCUUACGAAGUCUUAGGUCAGCCUAGUCCCAACGUGUCUUGCAGUGCACCGGCACCGUCUGUGAUGUCGACUGCAAACAUGAGCGCUAGUAAUCAACCUUAUUUGAACGUCGACCAGCAACAGAAUUACCAAAAUUCCCAACUGACACCCUGCAGUUACAGUUAUCCUUCGAGUAACGUGCAGCUUACCAACGGUCAUUAUCUAUCUAGCUGCUCUCUAUCCAGUUCUGGAAAUCUGACCCCCAUGACUCCACCGGCACCUUCUGCUGAAUAUGGAGUAGCACCGGCUCAAUCUCCCAUUCAUCAAUUAUACAGUGCCACAAAUUUAGACAGGACCGAACCACCCCUGGCUUGGUCCACGUCUUGCGGAGGACAAUACCUAAAACCACCUUCUCUGAGUCCGUCCAGCAGUCCUGCAGCAUCAUUACAAUCUUUAUCACCGAAUACAACGACGACUUCGAGUAUGGUACUCUCUGCAGAUCCUACAGUUUACCAGAACAGCGCACAACAGUUGAGUCAAUCCUUUAUGACCACAGAAAACAUGGACAUGGAUCUCAACGGUAAUUCUGUCCAAUGGCCAGGUACGAGGUAUCAACAGGAAAGAAAGGGAUUCGCAUCCACCUCAACUAGUCUUCCUCCAGUUACAACUUUGAGUGGUGCAGCUCAAUCAAUCUGUCCACAGUCACCUCCUUAUUACGACAUCAAGUACGUUCUGUGAUUCUGUUUAUCGUCCAGCUCCGUCCACUCAGUAAACAUAUACAUUACAGUUCCUAUAAAGACAAUUUUAAUGAUAAAUUGGUUCCUAAGAAGUGCUACCAGUUUCACCAAUGUACCAAAAAAUAUUCGAAGAAUUUUUUUUUUCUUUUAAAUUUCGAAAUCGAAAUUUUCUCAUUGUAAAAAUAUGUACAUAAAUUAGAAGUUAUGUUCCUAUAAUUUGUGAAAUUCUCAUAUUACAAAAUUAUGAAAAUUCGUCUUUGCUGUGAAGAAGACAAUUUUAGAAGAAUUGGCAUUUAUGCAGAGAAUUUUUUUGUUUUUUUUUUUUAAAUUCUGUCGAUUAUCAGAAUAUAAUUUGUGUUGAUUUUAAAUUGAUAUAUAUCUCUCUCUUUCCUAUGUUUAGCAUUUUGGAUGUAUAAUUGCUUUAAAUAUCGCUGUUCAAUGCGACCAUUUAUCUAUCUCAUAAUCAGCAAUAUUCAAGUAGUAAAUUAUGUAGUAUUGAUGAUUAAAAAUUGUUUAAAUAUCCGAAUUUUGGCUAAUUCUAUUAAUAAAAUAUCCAAAAAAUAAUAAUAA